GGGCUUUAGAGAAGCCAUAUAGUAGUUGCUUCAGGGGGAGGAAAUGUUAAAUUGGUCGCAAUGAUGGGAGGCUUUCUCACCAGAGUUUCUAUCAUGAUUCUUGGAUAUGCCUAUCCGGCAUAUGAAUGCUACAAGACUGUGGAAUUGAAUAGGCCGGAAAUUGAGCAGCUGCUGUUUUGGUGCCAGUACUGGAUUUUAGUUGCUGUUCUGGCUGUUUUUGAGAGAGUUGGAGAUGCUCUCAUUUCAUGGUUGCCUCUGUAUGGCGAAUUUAAAUUGGUUUUCUUUGUAUAUCUUUGGCAUCCUAAAACAAAGGGGACGACAUAUAUUUACAGCACCUUCAUCCAGCCUUAUAUGUCUAAACAUGAAAAUAAGAUUGAUCGUACUCUACUGGAGUUGAGAACACGAGCUAACGAUUUAGCUUCCCAGUAUUGGCAAAAUGUUUUGAGCAAUGGACGGUCAUGGUUUUUGACGAUCUUGCAGUAUGUUGUCUCGCAACCAUCAUCAACUACGGAACCAAGACACGCUGAUCAUGCAUCUACAGCACCAGCUAACGAAACAGAGCAACCAUUAGCUUCCCAGCAGCAGAAGACUGAACAAACCAACCCCGUUUUAAUCAAGAAACCAGAGAAGGUGAAGACUGACAGCAGCUCAAUCUCUCCUUCCUCGGCCUUAUCCAAACCAGCGCAAGGCCCUGCCUCUACAAGGUCCAGUACUUCUUCUCACCAUCCUCCUCCUCCUCCUCCACGUAAUGAAAAGCUCAUUCAAGAGAAUCUCGCCUCAACAAAUAACCAUAACUCCGAAGAAACCAAACAAGAAGAACCAAUUCACACAGUUCGUCGUCUAAGGAUCAGGAAACGAGUUGCCACAACAGCCAACUCAGUUCAUUAGACUAAUAUAUAUUAUUAUCAUCCUCUACUCUGGCUAAAUAGCAUAAAUGAUUAUAAACUCCGCACGGAAAAUCCAUUAAACUAGUCGAAGUUUAUUUCCACUAUUACAUUUUAAGAGGAAUAAUCAAAAUCAUUAGAUUUAAUUUUUUUUUU